AUGGCAAAGAGGCAGGUUCUGUCGUACUAUUAUACACCAACCGUCCAGCAAACAAUUGAACGCGCCCUUGAGAAGUGGUAUGCAAGCUUUGUACACCCAAAAGAGCAUGGCAUCCACGUUACUGCUAGGUGGGAGGCAAGUCCUUGUGCUGGCAUUCCUGUACAACCAGAAUCCAUGUGCGCGUAA